AUGCACUCCAGAUUCCAGUUGACCGAGCGCACGGUUGUUGCGAAAGCACAGCGGCUCGCCCAAGAAAACGGCUUAACAUGUCUGUCCUCUGUUUGCUACCAGGAUCGGCGUCCCCACUCUACUGUCGCACAGGCAGGAUGUCUGUCGACCAGUGCCAGGCGUCGGUGUCUAUCUACAACUAAUAUUCCCCAAUAGUAUCAGGUUCUCAAAGCGAUUGCCCUGCACGGAGUGUUCUCGGCUUGACGAGUUCUGCAACUAAAUUUGAUCGUCCCUGGUGCCCCAGCCUCCCUCGACAGGGGGGGCUUCGCGUCAGAAAUACAGCAGUAGGACCAUCCGCAAUGUCGAUCGUGGGCCAAGGAACACGACGAACCAUAAAUAACCGGCGACCCGACGCGGACGGAGAUCAUCGGAGUGGGACUGUGGCCCUCAGCCUGGUCGUCCAUGUACAUGUACAUCUUGUUUUUGGUCACGCCGUCUAUUUACAUUUAUAGAUGCGAGAUUCUUUCCCCCUUGAGACAGGCUUCGAGUGAGGAUCUCUGCCUUCGGCGCCCCUUGCGUGGUCAGUGUCUCGUUUCCCCUUUGGCCCAUUGCGUCUCCUUCCCUCUCUACUCUCCGACAUCUGCCACACUCACGAUGCCCAGGACACCGGGACUCUUCGUUGUCGGCUUCUCGUUGCAUCCCCACGGGGUUUCCUGGGCUCGUCCGCAUUUCUGCAAAGCGUCGCCGUAGUGUCGCAACGCACUCGAAACCCACCAAGGCCUUGGCUGUGCUAUCGGAGGACGAAGACCACAGGCUCCUAGUGCGUGUUAGGUGUUCUCUCCCCAAGACUGUCACGACUUUAGACCCGUCGCCUCUGCAGAAGCCACACUUUGCACUCACCAAGUUCGAUCUUUGUGUUUCUUGGGCUUUUAACUCAUGAACCACGACGGCCAGGGAAUCGUGGUCAACGGGGGCAGCGGUCCGAACGGUCACGUGACUGCUUCUCACUCGUCUCAUGCGAAUUGGCUUUCGGGAGAUCCAUCAUCCAGGUGAAUCCCGGCAUCACCUCGCAGAGUCACAAUGCCUUACCCAACAAACAACCACCAACGCGUCGCCCCCUCUUUGCUGUGAAACGCUGUCUAGCCACACAUGCCGCUCUCUGAAUCCUUGCCAGUUCUCGCAGAAAGUCGAAACCCCCCAUAGAAAACCACAUCGCCGUCGCCAUCAAUAGCUGAGCAAGUGCCACAAUCCGCCUGGCUGCGCCACACUCGUAGUAUCUCGAAACACGUCAUCCGCCUUGCCGCUCAUCCCACUCACUCACUCGCUCACUCACUCACUCACUGACUCUCUGCCCCCCUUGUCUACGCCGCAGUCGUAUUGCGCGUUCCCAUAGCAGAGUCGUUUGCCUCUCGUUGGGGCGCAAUAUUAAGGUUCAACCCUCGGCGGUGAUGAGCCGCUGUCCGUAAUCGGGAACUCUCCCAUUCUCUUCUCUUUUUCUUUUCUCGUGCCGUACACUGUAAACCUUUCCUCUUGGAAAGUGCUCGCCGAACUCUCCGGCAGCUUCCUUCACCUUGAACCUGCAUUGCCAAGAGCCUCAAAGAUGGACGCCACGCAGGAACGGGAACGCCAUACGACCAAUUCCAUUGCGGAGCAGGAGCUCUUCUUCCCUCAGUCGUCGUCGUCGUCGUCGUCGGGUCCUCACGGCCAAGGCCAGCAGCCUCAGUCUGGGCAUCACUCACAGCCUCGAUGGUAUGGGAACAUGGACAACGACUCGCCUAUCGAACCCAGGAGCGGUGUCCCCGCUGUCAAUAUCAUCCCGGCCACCCCCACGACCAUCCGCUCCAACAGCGUACGCUCCAACGCUUCGUACCCAGAGUAUGUUGAGCACAAACAGCAGGUAUCGGGCGCCCUUCCCGAGGUGGAGGAAGAAGACAACAUCUAUGACCCGCCAACACCCAAGAGCCGGUCACCACCGCCUCUUGAGUCCAGGAUUCCGGCCCACAACAGGGCAUCUACCUUUGACGAGCAGGACAAGUCCAAUGCGGACGAUGAAUACUACGUCUCUCCCAUGACCGAGCCUGCCGUGCCUCAUUACGACACGGGCUUUGCUCAACCAAAUGGCCAGGUUUCUUCACCCGAUAAGGGCAAAGCCACUGAGACAGACACGGAGCAAUAUUACGACGCGGCGUACUCUCAUGAUGAUGGUCAACCCUCCUCGUUCAGCUACGGCGAGGCGGCCGAGGCGCACCCGGAGCUUCAUGUCUUGCACCAAAACACAGGACACACAGGGUACAAUGAUCCUCCUUCAACAUUCGACAGAGACAAAGCUACCGGAGAUCUCCCAGAGCCCGUCAUUGCACACCACCAAAACACAGUGCCCUCAGACUACAAUGAUGGUCCCUCGUCCCUCGACAAGGGUAAAGCCGCCGAGGCCUACCAGGACCGUGAUGAACAGCCUCCCUUGCCAGGCCCAAGGCCCGUUUCCACAGAAAUACCCGAUUACUACGCCCAAGAACGUGGAGGCUACGGCGUAGAUCCCGCGGUUCAAGAGCAGGAGGACCGCGACUAUGCAAUGGCACUGGCACUCCAGGAGGAAGAGGAUGAAGAUGCACAGGCGCCUCCCCUCCCGCAAAGGCCUGCCCAGCCUGCGUGGAGCAGCAACGGGCCUCUCUCCUCCAACCCAUUCUCGUCCCCCGAGGACGAGGACCGCGCUUUCGCCGAACGUCUCCAAGCAGAGGAAUCCGGACAGGCGCCGCCUCUGCCAGCCCGGCCUCAUCCCAAAGCCGUCGCAGAGCUCCUCGCCCAGAACCAAAUGUCACCUCCGUUCUCCAGAACACCCUCGAUCGAGGGCAUCGCGCCACCUCCCAAGCGCCAAGGGUCCGACUUUGGCAACGACGACCCGGCACACCCCAUCCAUUACACGCGGGACCCUCACAAGCUCAUUACGUACCUGGUCCCUUUCCCGAAGCCGUGGCUGGGGGCCAAGGCGCCCUCGGAUGCCAUCCCGACGCGCUUCCUUAUUUACACGCCCCCGCCGCCGCCAUUGCAGGCGCCGCCGGAGGGCGUCAAGGAGAGCGUUACGCACAAAGUGCAGCGCAAGUGGCAGAACGAGGUCCGUCAGGCCAAGAUGACCGAUGCCAAGACGACGAGCUGGGCGGGGUUCAAGGCCAAGUGCACGCGCGGCGUAGACAAGGCCAUGCAGUACACCACCACGAGCAACCUGGAUUACCUUGCGCGAGUUACGCCUCCGGCCAAGCCGCCUUCGGCCCUGACGCGCAGGCUGUCGCUCAAGGUCAAGGGGAAGAAGGACAAGAAAGACAAGGCGGUGGCGGCGGCGACCGAAGGCGACGAGAAAGAUGGUAAGAAAGACGUUGACGAGAAUAAGGGCGAGGCGUCCGAGAACAAGGAUGAUACGGAGAGGCUCCUGGGCGGCGGCGACGAGGAGAAGAAGGGACACGAAGACAAAUCGCUCGAAGGGAAGAAGACGAGUGAGGAGAAGCUCGCCGAGGAGCAGCAACAGGGCGACAGGGACGAGGAGGACUAUUUCAGGUCCCAGGAGAGGGAUGAAGAGCACGACGAACUGGUGGAGGACGACCCGGCACAUGCGUCGCACGAGACGAAGAAGACAGUCGGGGUGGAGGAGAUUGUGUUUGUGUACUCGCCGUCGAUGAACAUGACGCCCGAGGCCAUGAGGGAGGAGUUCAUCAACUCGAUGAUGCGGACAAAGUCCAAGGCGCAGCGGGACGCCAUCAUCGCGACGGGUCUGCUGCCCGUCUCGCUGGCCAUCGACCUCGUCAUGAUUGCCGUGUCAGGGCUCUUUGAAGUGAAUGCCGUAUGGGCCUACUUCACGAUCAAGGGCUCCAAGACGGCGCGGUCCGUCACGAAGCGGCUCGCGUCGUCGUCCAAGAAGCCCGAGUCCAUCGACCCGGAAAAGUCCGAGGCCGAGAUGGCCAAGGAGGACAAGCUGCAGCUCAGCUUCAGGCCAGCCACCCGCAUCGACGUGCUCGCGCGAUACCUCGAGGCCGAGUGUCACCGCCUCGACUCGCGGAUGUUCCCCCGCUACACCUCGUCACCAACGGAAGUUGAGUGCCUGGAGGCCAUCGGUUGGUCGCCCGCCCUGACGCGUGGGCAGAAGAACUGGGAGGACGAGGCGUGGGAGACGAGCGACGUCAAGGAGGACCUGCGGGUGGUGAUGCACAAGGCGGCCAAGGAGUGGCGCAAGUGGUGCAACCGGUACGAGAAGAGCCCGGAGAAGAGCCUGGCCAAGUGAGGGUGUGUCGUCGGGGAGGGAAGACAGCGAGCUACUAAGGAUAAAUGCAAUAUUUCACGCAUAUGGGGUCGGUGUUCGUUUCUGUUUGCAAUCGUGAAUGCUGGAACCGUACCACGAGACUUACACCAGGGCGCAACCGUAGUAGUCGUCGAG